AUGGACAAGAAUACAGGCUACCAGCAGAGCUAUUCAACAACUCGGGCAGCAGCAGCUUCUUCAAGACAGCUUCCCACAGAUAAUAAUGCUGAUACGAAUUUUUUGAAAGUGAUGUCGGAAUUUAAGUACAAUUUUAACAGUCCAUUGCCCACAACGACCCAAUUUCCUACACCGUAUUCUUCUAAUCAGUAUCAACAAACACAGGACCAUUUUGCCAAUACAGACACGCAUAACAGUUCGAGUAACGAAUCGUCAUUGGUCGAAAACAGUAUAUUACCGCAUCACCAGCAGGUACAGCAGCAGAAGAUACAGCAACAGCAACAUCUAGGGUCACUUGUACCUCCUGCGGUGACAAGAACGGACACAAGUGAGACUUUGGAGGAUAUUAAUGUUCAGCCUUCUUCCGUUUUACAGUUCGGCAACUCCCUACCUAGUGAGUUUCUGGUUGCAUCCCCAGAACAAUUUAAAGAAUUCUUGCUGGACUCUCCCUCUACUAAUUUCAAUUUCUUUCACAAAACCCCAGCAAAAACACCGCUUCGAUUUGUUACAGAUUCUAGCGCUGCCGAACAGAACACAGCAGAGAACUUUAAUCAACAACAAAAUGUUUUUAGUAAUGCGGAUUUGAACAAUCUUUUAAAAAGUAAUGGAAAGACGCCCUCGUCUUCAUCUACGGGCGCAUUUUCACGCACUCCUCUUAGUAAGAUUGACAUGAACUUGAUGUUCAACCAACCAUUGACGACGUCUCCAUCGAAGAGAUUAUCUUCUUUGUCGUUGACGCCGUAUGGUAGAAAAAUUUUGAAUGAUGUCGGUACACCUUAUGCAAAAGCAUUGAUAUCCUCUAACAGUGCGUUGGUGGAUUUUCAAAAAGCAAGAAAGGAUAUCACUACUAAUUCGACAUCUAUAGGAUUGGAAAACGCUAACAGCAUCUUGCAAAGAACACCCUUAAGAUCUAACAGCAAGAAAUUAUUCAUUAAAACACCUCAGGAUACCAUAAACGGUACUAGCACACUAACUAAGGACAACGAAAACAAACCCGACAUUUAUGGCUCUUCGCCUACCACAAUUCAAUUAAAUUCGUCAAUAACGAAAUCCAUCUCAAAAUUUGAUAACCCUAGGAUUCCUUUAUUAACUUCCAGAUCGGAUGCGAUUCUAGACUCCAAUGUAGAUGACCAGUUGUUUGAUUUAGGAUUAACAAGAUUACCUUUAUCACCAACACCUAAUUGUAACUCUUUACAUAAUACAACUGCAGGUGCUUCUGUUUUACAAAUUCCAGAACUGCCUAAAAUGGGGUCUUUUAGGAGCGAUACAGUUAUUAAUCCCACUUCAAAUCCAAAUACAGUUUCUUUCAAGAGCAAAACAGGUAAUAACAAUUCAAAGGGUAGGAUCAAGAAAAAUGGGAAAAGACCUCCUAAAUUUCAAAUUAUUGUGGCAAAUAUUGACCAAUUUAACCAGGAUUCAUCAUCAUCCUUGCCACCAUCGUCAAAUACAGAUUCGAGUGCAGGAAAUUUAAGUUCAAACGUAACAAAGAAAAGAGCAAGUAAACUCAAAAGAUCACAAUCUUUACUCUCGGAUUCAAGGUCGAAAACACAAGCAAAGAAAAACUGUAAUUCUAAACCUAAUAAUGGAAACCUAUUCAAUUCACAAUAA